AUGCCAUUGAUGUCCAUUAUUUCCAAGUCCAGAAGCCCUCUCCUUGCCUGCGUAUUCAUCCUUACCAAACAACACCUUUCCUCUACGAAAAACCUCAUUAUUCCAAAACCAUUCUUAGCCUUUCCUUCACCACCCGCGAGUACUAAUCCACAACAAUUUGGUCGGGAAUGGAUCCGAACCUACCACGACGGGAGGCCCAGAGGGCCUCUCUGGAGGGGCAAGAAACUUAUUGGAAAAGAGGCCAUUUUUGUUAUAUUGGGUUUGAAGAGAUUCAAAGACGAUAGGGAAAAGCUCGGGAAAUUCGUUAAAACCCAUGUGCGCAGGCUUCUUAAAUUGGAUAUGAUAGCUGUUCUCAAUGAACUCGAACGUCAACAGGAAGUUUCUCUUGCUGUCGAGGUAAUUGAUUAG